ACAAAAUGACCCCAGGGCGUACGGAUAGGGUUAACUUGUCGUGAGAGCAUCGUGCUUGUGUAAGUGGUUGUUACACUUAAUCAUCGCUGACAUUUGUCUGUGUUUGUUAUACUUAAUCAUCUGUGACAUUUAUUGUCAGUGACUGUUAUACUUAAUUAUCGGUGACACUUGUUAGAGACUGUAUUGAUUUUGGAAUGUCUCUCAGCGGGUGACUUAAUUGGAGCUCUGGAAAAACAGACAAAGGGACAAAGUGAGUUGUGACAGCAGAUAUUUUCUAACAAUAGAACUGAGCUGAGUACAGAACCGAGUUUCUGAAGUGGAAUAUCCAGGAUCAAGCGAAGUAUUUCUAAACACGUUUGACCUUCCUGACCUUUCUGCCACCGCUGGAGCCCAUAACUUGGACGGUUUGGUAACCCAGGUGACAGACGACUUUGGUUGUCUGAAAUACAAAAUGGCGGCGUGCUUUUACAUUUUCCUGAGCUCAGCGGGACAGUGAUUACGUGACCAAACAGCGAGAGAGCGCCAGGCAGUAGACAGAACGUCAUCAUAAAGCAAGGCUCAAGGUCACACAUCUGUCCAAGAACACUGCAGGUCAUCGCGUCCAAUACCGUCUCUACGCAUUGACGCUUCACAUAUUAUAUCGGGAAAACCGAGUUGUUCUGACGACAUGACUCAACUACAUGCACAUGGAUCCUUCACCUAAUGGCAAAUUGUUGCAUUGGACAUUCCCGGAUAUUCCACGUGAACAUCUGAAUGUAUUUACACACUUACAGAGCAACCUGGGAAUACAGAUAUUCACCACUGAAUUCGUGUCUGUAUUCUGGAUGGAAUCUUUGAAGUACCUUCCACUACUUCCAGAAAUCCAGUGAACACUUCUGCCCGAGUUUUUGCGGUUAUUAUAUUGAUUGGGUUACCGAAAACUGUUUGACGACUACAGAAAAGUGAAGCUGCUCAAACUUUCCGGAAAAUCAUUUAAACAACUGUGGAUACAAACCUGGGCUCUGGAGAUCUGACCAACCGUUAAGUGGAAUAGACACACAAGGCUGACAUUUGUUCAGAUAUUGCACACGAGUUUUAUUAAGUCAGGACAUUUGACGCAACGACCACACCGCCAAACGUGUGUGUGCCUUUCUGUGGGAGAAUAUUCCCUGCUCGUACAAACACAUCACCGAAGAGCUACGGAGCUACAAUGGGCAGAUCCCACAGAUAACAACAUAUCUGAUGCAAUAUGCCUUGACCCGACGACCUAAUUAACACACAAACAGAGGCGGAGGCUGUUGCGAAAACUCAUCAGCGCAUCGAUUUGUCACGGCGUGUUGAGAGAGACAGAGGAAGAAAAAAAAAGAGAGAGAGAGAGAGAGAGAGAGAGAGAGAGAGAGAGAGAGAGAGAGAGAGAGAUUGCCCAGCUCAGUUCUCAGUUACAUGUGCCAAGGUCUCUCUCAUGGUCGAGUCUCCCAGCAAGGAGCUCUCGUUUCCCAUUUGGAGCAGCCAUCGUUAUCAAAGUGCUGAACAGGCAUAGUAUUGUUAUUGUGAAGCAAGUCUAUUCGUCGAGCCCUCCCGAACAUCGUUUACUAUGAAGCAAGUCUAUUCGUCGAGCCCUCCCGAACAUCGUUUACUAUGAAGCAAGGAUAUUCGACAAUACUUUUAGAACUUUGUUUACUGUUACUAUGAAGCAAGGCUAUACGACCAUUCUUUCUGAGCACCAUUUAAUGUGAAGCCAGGCAGUACGUCAAAACCUUGUGAACAUCGCUUACUGUGAAGCAAAGUUCAAAUACUUUUUUUUAACCUCUUUUAAAUUUUGAAGCAAGGCUAUUCGACAAUACUCUCUGAACAUCGUUUACUUUGUAAAGCAAGGCGGUUCGUUGACCUCUUCUGGACAUCUCUUCUCUGUGAAGCAAGACUAUUUGUCGGUCCCUUCUAAACCCCUUUUCGGAAUUGUUAAUUCACAGAAUAAACAUAUUCGGGAGAUUUUCGUUGCUGUGAACAGGUUUAUUGCAAUUUAUGUAAUCAAAACGUACCUGUGCGGUGUUAGUAUUAAUAAAUACAAUGUGACCAUGAAAUGGGUUCAGAGGAAUCGGUAGUUGUAUUUUAUUAUAUUACUUUCUACUAGUGCUUAGCUGUGAACGGGGACCUUACUGUGGCAGAUUCUUGUUAGAUUUGGAAUUAUUCAUUCUUUUGUGUGUGGGUAUUGUGUACGUGAAUAGUUUGGUGGGAGUAUGGCUUGGUUUUACAAGAUGACAUUACAGUCAGUGAGAAACAUUCAAAUGUGAUUCAAAAUUUUUGUGAAUUAAAGUGGAAGCCAUUGUGUGGAAUAUCUCGUGAAACUUUCAACUACCGUUUAGUCUGUGAAUUGAAGUCUUUCAAAUUACAGAGUAGAAUGCCUCAAGAAACGUUCAACCUACGUACAGUUUGUGAACCGAAGUGGAGUAGACCAUAAGUUCAACUUCAGUGAAGUUGAUGUGGAUUAAAACAUACCAGAGAAUAUCUCAAGAGACGUUCUAGUUCAGUUCGGUCUGUGAAUUGAAAUCUGUUAAUUAAACCCUGGCAUGGAAUGACUCAACAAACGGUCAACGUCAGUUUAGUCUAUGAAUUGAAGUCUGUCAAACCAUCGCGUGCAAUGAGUCUCAGCACGUCGAUGCCGGCAGAGGUACGACACUGAGCCAACAUCAAAGGAACCCUGGAUACGGAAAAACCUUUUCCAAUUCUCUUAGAAUACAUUCCACAUUACCUGGACGCUCAGGUCAAGGUCAGACACGGACCUUUUCGCUGACGCAGGAGAUAGAGGGCUUUGGAUAUCUAAAAAAUUAAUACGUGGACAUUUUCACAAGCAUACGCAUAUUUAUACUCAUCGCGCACGUGCACGCGCACGCACGCACGUGCACGCACGCGCACGCACGCACGCACGCACACACACACACACACACACACACACACACACACACACACAAACACACGCUCACAAACAAACAAGAAAACACAAAGAUAAUUAUACAUCACAACCUCCACCCUGACUCCGUCUACCACAUCGAGAAUCGCGACGACGGCUGUCAAUCAACGUGAUUCUGGACCACGCCCCCUCCCUCGCCCCGCCCACCCGGCCGGCCCUAGCUCAUACAUGGUGUCAGUGGGCGUUCUCCCGACCACACCCCCCAGCGGCACUGGCGGCAACAGCAACAACAACAGUACCAGUCUCAACGACUUCGCAGACGACCGGGUCCCCAUCGAGCAGACGAUCCAGUUGGAGGAGAUCCUCAUCGUCCUCAUCAUCGUCAUCUUCUGGUUCCUCGCCGUCCUCGCCUUCCUUCGGAAAUGGGACAGCAUCAGGAUCAUGCAGCCCAUGGAGCCCCGGUACCGCCACAGCCCCAAGAACCUGGAGAACAUCAAGAUCGUGAAGCGGCCCCAAGACAGCAUCAUCUACAAGAACUACAGCCGCAAGGUGUCGGUGACCAUGGUAGAGCGGGAGAAGCGACGCCUUCAGCGCAUGCACACCGUGCCUUGUAUGAGCGCCCUGCCCGCCAUUACUCGCCUCGAGACGCUUCCCACAAUACACAUGGAGGAAGUGACGACCGAAAUGUGACGUGUGGUUGCUAUGGAGAUAUGAUAUGGGGCCAUUGGUGGGGGAUAUGUGCUGUUGUGUGAGGUUGAAGACGGAGCGAGUUGCGUACUGUGUUGUGAAGCGAGACGUGUGCUCUGUGCGUGUUGUUGGCACGUCUGCGAUGGGGAUGUGGUGACGUCACAGGUGGUUUUGCGAAGACGAAUGCUUGUGAGAUUUGAUUUGAUUUGAUUUUUUUUAAAAUCAACAUUAAGAGACUUUUAUCAAGAAAAUAAUUAGUGCAUUGUGAAGAGUUUUUAAUUCCAAGAAAUAGCGUCCUCGUAAGGCCAUAGACCUGUGCUAUAAAUACUAGUAGUAAGUCUAUGUGUGGGGCCUAAGUACUGACUUCCGGAACUCUCUACAUCUGCCGGAAAUGAGCCUACGCUGACGGACAGUUACUAUGGCGAUGUGUCAACAGAAGCUUGGGGGAGCGACCAAUGGCAACCACGGCUGUCUGCAAACGCGUCGGGCGACGGAUGGACACCCGGAAGUUGUCGUUGCAGGGGUCAGGGACUCUGGUACACUGAACUGAUAAUGACGACAAUUUAAUUUGUGUCACGACAUAGUGGAAUCAGGCGCUCGUCAGUUCUUGGGCAUUUGGAAUUAUUGGUAUAUUCUUAAUUAAAGAUUGUUUAUCUGCCUUGCUUUUGAUGACAGAAGUAUUCGUCUAUUUGAAAUUUAAGUCAAAGUUAUUUUCGAUUAAUGAGGUAGGGAUUAUCUGCUUUCAGGUGUAGAAUUAGCAAGAAAAUGGCUACCAAAGUUUGGUGACUUCCAAAACGUGAGUCUCCCUGGAAAAUGCAAUUUUACAAUUUGUUUGGCCCCUUUAAUCAACCUUUCUUUCAGUAAAAUCCAUACAGAAAUGUGUUUAUAAAUUGAAACAAAAUGUAUUCAGUCAAGAAAAAGAUAGUAAUAAAAGAUUUUAGAAUCCGUAAAAAUUGUCCAACGGGUGGUAAAAUGCCAAUUUCUUCCAUUUUAUUACUUUGACGAGCGCGUAAUUUCACCGCGAUAACACACAUUUGUAUAGAUAGCGCACAUUGCCACGUCAUCAGCAAGCUCUCUAGCUUUACAAUCUAUAUUAUUACCCCGGCAGACUUGAUAGCAUUCUGAAACAAUCUUAAUUUCCUUGGAAGCAUACAGUGCUAGCUGCCACCGUACAGGCGCUAAAACACUACCACACCGACAAGAUAUUUCUCUGCCUAUGGCCAGGUACCCAUUCACACUUUGGGGAGGUGAGAAAAGUUCGUGUGAAAAGUCUUUCCCAAGGACACACCAUCGGGCCGAGCUGAAGCUCGAACCCCAGUAGCAAAAAAUCUCACGAUUACGAGUCCCGUAGUCUGGUCACUAGACGACCAACCCACUGCCUAGUCUAAAACACGGACAGGUCAGAAAUAGCAGUUUGCGGGACUCUUGGACCAGACACUUUGGAUGCCUGAUGUAAAAGGCAAGCAGAGUAACAUGGCGUAUAAGUGGCCUUUUUUCUGACCGUUUUUCCUACGGCAACACGUAAUGGGGAAGCCGUGAAUUUUUAUGAGUGACUUAUGGACUGCUGGGGUAAUAAUAGUAGUAAAGCACACAGAGCAUGCUGUAGAGCGUGAAUAGGUGCUCUAUAAAUACUACAUCGGCUAUACAUUCUGCUUCUUCUUCUCCUUCUUCUUCUCCUUCUCCUUCUCCUUUUCCUCUUCCUCCUCCUUCUCCUCC